AUGGAUCUCGCCGCUAGCUACCGCCUUGGCUACAUGCGGGACUGCAUCUACCGUUGCUACAAUGUUGCCGAAGAAGACUCCCAGUCGAAGAACCCUAUACUUCAUCACUGGGAGAUGACUUCUCCGGGUUACAACUAUCAUUUCUGCGCGGUUCAUCGUGUCUAUCACUGCAUGGCUACCACCUCCCGAGUUGACCAGCCAUGCUGUGGCGAGUGUGCCCCUGCAUACUACAGCCAAGUCCCCGAGGUGACCUGGGUCCGAGAGAAAGACUAUCAUUUCUCGUUCCACAGCGUGCCUCCUGACUUCCUGCAGAUGAUGACGGGUGGUAUUGUUCGAGGAGAUGCCCGUGGCCCGUCCGUCCGACUUGCCACCAUCUUCCCGCUUCCCAGCGACGUGCCAGAGCAUGGCUCGGCGCUCGAAGCAGUCCCCCGACACGACGCCACGUAUCGAGAGCUCGGUUCUAACUUGAUGGCUCAUCGACGCCACCCUGGCUUGUUCCUCAUGAGGUUUGUCGACUACGACGGGCUGCCUGGUUGGUUGCUCUGUGGUCGUGGCAUGACUCAGGACUCGUUUGCGCACCUUGCCGAGGCCGAGCAUACUGGUGACAAUGUCAUGAAGUCUGCUCGGCUCUGGGCAUGCCAGCAACUGGGUUGUACCAUGCCUCAGGAUGUUCGCUGGAUUCUCUGGUCCAUCUACAUGCUUGCCAGCAAGGCCCUUACCAACCCUCUCCCUACCGAGCAAGAGUUCUGGAUGUGGCGCAGCUGGCUCUGGUACUGGUAUACCAAGGCUAACGAGCUCGCGGCAUACUACCAGAUGGACAUUUCCAGCCCGGAUGAAGAUUGGUUCAGCAGACCCUCAUCCGACGUCCACUCUGUCUCUCGCCCCUGUAACGGCGUGGCUGAGAGUGAUGUCUCUGCCGCACAGCACGAUACUUCUAUGCCGUCUGACAACGACGACAUUAUGGACCAGUCAUUUGUGGCCUCUGAUAACAAUGGCGAAGACGAUGCCUCCAAGGAUGCUGCUUCUAAUGUGUCUGGAUCUGCUACCAACCAAAAUCAUUCGGAAUCUCCCGGUGCCGAUUCGUGGUCGACCGAGUCGUCCUCUACUUCGUCUUCUGAAACGCCUUCUUCUGAGGCCGUCACCCGUGAGCCAACCUUUUCGAUGACUGGACUCGCUACCACUCUGGCUUCUAUCGACGAGGAUGAGGAUUCUGAAGCCGAUACCGAUCAGUAG